UGUUACAUGAAUGUGAAGCAGUGUCUCCUAAUCUCAGCACACACCCUUUCUGGCCUGGGAUGCUGGAGCCUCUCAUAAUCCUGUAUGAUGAGUUGGGUCAGAACAUGUCUGAGGUCCAGAACUAUGGGAUGCACUUCAUCUACAGUCAUAUCAGGAUUGUGACACAAACGGCCUCCCACUCUGAACUCAUCAAACUCAGGGGUUUACAGUGCAGAAACCUUUUAUUUACAAAGAUGGAAGACUUGUCCCUCCAGCCUUUCAUGUUGGAUCCAGCUGACCCAGAGCCAGAGGAGAAUGAAGAUGACCAAAUUGUAGUUAUGGAUUAAAUAAAAUYGGUAAAAGAUGGCGAGAAAAGGACACCGAGGACGAUGGAGCGUUGCCGUUUUUCUUCUCCUCAUGUGCGUUGAUGUCUCUGCAUCUACACCAAAACCAGAUUUAGUGGAAAAGCAGUGUAAAGCUGGAGAUUACCCUAAUGUAAAUGGGACAUGUUGCAACAGAUGUUCUCCAGGUUUUAGGCUUAAAGCUGAGUGUACAGGUGAAGGCAAGAGGAGUGACUGUGAGAGUUGUCCUCCCAACCAGUUCAAUGACCAGAUGAACCACGCUCCGACCUGCAGAAAAUGCAGAACCUGCAGAGAGUCCAGACACGAAGAGGAGAUAUCAAAGUGUAGAGAGAACAAAAACACUAUCUGCCGUUGUAAGCAGAGUUUUUACAAAAGUCACAUUGACUCAGAGACAUACGAGUGCCUCAAAUGUCAAAAAUGUGGGGAAAACGAAAAAGAAAAAACACCAUGUACGUCUGAAGGAAACACAGUGUGYGAAUGUAAAGAGAACUACUACAGAGUCAAGAACAAGUGUGAACCCUGCAGGAAGUUCCAAAGAGAUCAGUCCUCUGAUMAUAAACAUAAUAGCUGGAUGUGCUGUGGUGGUGUUUGUUUUGCUGUUKGUGGUGGUCUUCGUCACCUUCAUGGCUACAAAACGAUUCACCAAGAAAAAGAUGCUGAGUCAGUCCUUCCAACCUGCAGAUGUUUCCAAAGAGACAAGCGAGCCUCUCGUGAUCAACGUCACAGAACCUGCAGCAGACACCGGCCUGAAGGCCGUUGGUCUGAGUCUUGUAAGUGAKCAGGAGUUAUCCAAUCUGCCUGACUGCGUCCCUCGGGAGAUUAGGAUCUCGGACCUCAUCUACACGGUGCUGGAUCUGGUUCCGGUGUCGCAGGUGAAGCAGUUGGUGCGCUCUCUGGGCGUGCGGGACAUGGAGAUCGAACAAGCAGAGAUGGACUACAGGUCCUGCCGGGAGGCUCGCUACCAGAUGCUGCGGGUGUGGGCCGAGAGGGGCGUACGAGGCGGGAGAGGCGAAAUGUUACACCGGCCGCUCCUGGAGGACCUCUUAGACAAACUGAGACAGAUGCACCUGGGUUGGGCUGCCGAGGAGCUGGAGACAAAGUAUUCYAUUCAGUGACGCGACGCGCCUCGCCAAGUUGGACUUGAAAAAAAAAACAAAGCUUAUGAGACCAAGUAUUGUUCGCUCAAAGACUCGCUCAAGGACAGAGCCGGAGUGAAUGAAGAGAUAAGGUGCUAAAAGCAAAGAGUCAGUUUUAUUUCCCAUCAGACCAGUGAGGCUGAGAACUCUACCUCUGAUCAGCAAACAGCCACGAGCAAAACGAUCAAAGAAGAUUGGACUWUGAGUCAUAAUUCUUUGUAAAGAACUUUCUGCAAUAUGUUUUUAUAGCAGUUUUUAUACCGAUCUCAUACAGCAGUUAUGAAGCUAGCUCUCAUUAAUUGGAGCUUAAACUCUGUUUAAAGUCAACUAAAUCUUCUCGCUGGCAUUUCUAAAUAACUUAUUGUUAGCAUCAAAGGGAAAAUGUGUUUUUGUGUGUUUUGAGGGGGGAUUCUGUGUCUCCAGGGCUUUUUGUUUUGUUGGAUAAAAAGUUGUGGAUAUUUUCAUCUACUGGGUUAUUUUUAAUCUCUUUCCUGAGCAGCCGCGUCCACGCUUUCAUUAAAAAAUACAAAAUUCAGAGGAAAAUCAUCGCCCAGUGGGUGUUUAUACAAAACCUGUCUGAAUAUUAACAGGGUUGUGUUCUGUGUUGAUGUAAUACAAUCCUGGUCCUGGAGGGCCGCUAUCCUGCAGGUUUUAGAUGUUUCUCAGCUCAAACACACCUGMUUUGAAUGGCUGGGUGAUUAAGAGGCUUCUGCAGAACUUGAGGAGGUAAUUCAAUCACUGAAUCGGGUUGAGAGCAGAAAAACAUCUAAAGCAUGCAGGACAGCGGCUCUCAGGGACCAGAAACAGACACCCCUGUUGGUGUAAAUGUCCAGUGAAGACAUUUCUACCUUGUUGGACGUUUUCUCAUCCUGUUGGUGUUGAAAAAAGACGUGACUGUGAAAUUCAAACAUUUGCUUACCCAAAAUAACUCAAGGGUUUUCAAACUGAACGUUAAGAUUUGCAUUUUUUUCAUAAAUUCAACUUGUAUGCAAAAAAUAUUUUUUGCAUACAAGUUUUGCAGCUUUUUUGCRAACUGUUUGUGAUAAAGAUUUCAAAUUAUCUUAAGUGCAAAAAAGAACAUUUGUAUUGUUGCAUACUGUAGUUAUUUUAUACAAAUUAUUGAUUUUCUUGUAGAUUAAUGAACUUUAUAUGUGGCCGAUUGCAUUUUGUACAGUUCUUUUGACAGAACUUUAUGCUUGUGUUUAGUUGUAUUGAUUUUUACCUGCAGUGUCAUUUUAUUUGUCAUCUAAACUACACUGUUUUWAAAUUUUUUGGCUUAUUGUUAGUCACAAUGUAAGAAUUAUGCACCUAAACAUGAUUGCAAACUUUUUCACUCAUUAGGAGAAAAUGGUCUUUUURUGGAGGAAAACAUCAAAUUAAAUGGUGACUAAUAAUAAAGCAGCAUCAUAGAUUUAACUGGUAACACUUUAAUAGUCACUUCCAGUCUAUUAARCAAAACUAAACCGAGGAAGCUUGUUGUUCCUCCUCCUGUACAGACCAGAGCCUUCCAAUGUUUGCAGUCUUUUUUUAUUUUACUGCCUCAGUAGCAUUCUUCUAAGCCCUAUUAUAAAAGCAUUAUUUACGAGUGUUUCACAGAACAGGACACGCCUCGUCUCGGGCCUCCACACGGGCGGCAGAUCGAACCAGAUGUGUGAAUCCAAAGCACUUUUAUCCUGCUGAACACUGUUUUUACACUCUUUAUUGGUGGUUUUUUUUAAUAAAUGUGUUGUAAAUUUA